AUGACCGUUUCUUUUCCAAUUCAGGGUUUUCAGGAACUCACCAUUUGGCAAAAAGCGCAGUUUUAUUACCAGCGAAUGCUUGAAACUGGAGAUAAGAGAAUAGAAAACUGGCUGCUGGUCUACUCCCCGGCACCCGUCACCAUUAUAAUUAUGUGCUACCUGGUCAUUGUUUGGGUCGGGCCAAAGCUGAUGGCAAAAAAGGAGCCCUUCAACCUCAAACUUUUCUUGAUACUUUACAAUUUCACGAUGGUCUUCCUGUCUGCAUACAUGUUCUAUGAGUUUACGGCAGCUUCCUGGAUGGCGAGUUACAGUCUGCUGUGCCAACCAGUCGACUACAGCGACAGUCUACUGGCCAUGAGGAUGGCCAGAGUGUGCUGGAUUUUUUACCUCUCCAAAUAUGUGGAGUUCUGUGACACAAUGUUCUUCAUAUUGAGGAAAAAGAAUAGUCAGCUGACCUUCCUCCAUGUCUACCAUCACAGCACCAUGAUCUUGAACUGUUGGCUGGGCUUAAAGUACACGCCAGGUGGCCAGUCUUUCAUGUGUGGCCUGGUCAACUCCCUGGUUCAUGUGGCAAUGUAUCUCUACUAUGGUCUCGCUGCGUUUGGACCACGUAUGACCAAAUAUCUCUGGUGGAAACACUACCUCACCAUCUUACAGCUGCUUCAGUUUUUCCUGUUAACCCUUCACACUGUUUACAACUUGUUUGCUGACUGUGACUACCCUGACUCCCUGAACUUGAUUGGGUUUAUCUACGCUCUCACCCUCAUCGCGCUCUUCAGCCACUUUUACUACCGCAGCUACAUUACGUCGAAGACCAAUGACCUAAGGAAAUGUAAAGUGUGAGAAAGAAACAACUUUUUAUGUAUGCAUGGAGGAGAGAACUGGUGAGAGUGACUUGAAAUUAGUUGCACUGGCCAAUGCUUUAUUUCAGGUGUUUUAUGAUCUAUUUCCUCACAUUAUAUUCCACGGAGGACAAAAUCUUGUAUAGUGCACAUCAUUGUUG